AAACAAGUCUUCUUGUCAAAUCGAAAAAAGGAAAAACAAAAAGAAAAUAAGCAAACAAGUCUAAAACGGUGCGUUUAAUAGUUCAUCGUUCUCGCUGGUGGUGGAUCUGAAUUCUGAAUUACGAACUCUGAACCCUUCAUCUUUGUUACACUCUCCACUCCACGAUUCGAACCCGCACCAAUUGAAUUUCCUCACCGAUUCAAUUCCUACAUACAACAUGGUUCUCACAUCAUCGGCGCGCGAUUACAUCAACCGCAUCUUACAGGAUAUCUCCGGCAUGAAAGUUCUCAUCCUUGAUUCUCAAACGGUUAGUAUUGUGAGUGUUGUGUACUCACAAUCAGAGCUUCUUCAAAAAGAGGUGUUUUUGGUAGAGUUGGUGGAUUCAAUUUCCAAGUCAAGCGAACCAAUGUCACAUCUCAAGGCCAUUUACUUCCUUCGACCUACAGCAGAGAAUAUCCAGUAUAUGCGCCGUCAGCUGGCUAGUCCUAGAUUCGGAGAGUAUCACCUAUUUUUCUCCAACAUAAUGAAGGACCAUCAUAUUCACUUACUUGCUGAUUCAGAUGAACAGGAAGUUGUCCAGCAAGUUCAGGAGUUUUAUGCAGAUUACGUUGCUAUUGAUCCUUAUCAUUUCACUUUCCACAUGCCUUCAAAUUACAUAUAUAUGCUUCCAGCUGUUGUAGAUCCUUCAGCAGUGCAGCAUUUCAGUGAUCGGGUUGUUGAAGGUCUUGCCGCUGUUUUUUUGACAUUAAAACGGAGACCAGUAAUUAGAUAUCAAAGAACAUCUGACAUUGCAAAAAGAAUAGCACAGGAAGCAUCUAAACUGAUGUACCAAGAGGAAAGUGGUCUUUUUGAUUUUAGGCGAAUGGAAGUUUCUCCGUUGUUGUUGGUGAUUGAUAGGAGGGAUGAUCCUGUAACCCCAUUGCUAAAUCAAUGGACCUAUCAGGCUAUGGUUCAUGAAUUGAUAGGAAUCCAAGACAACAAAGUGGAUGUCAAAUCCAUUGGUAAAUUUCCAAAGGAUCAGGAGGAGGUUGUGCUGUCAUCAGAACAAGAUUCCUUUUUCAAAGCUAACAUGUACGAUAAUUUCGGAGAUAUUGGUAUGAAUAUCAAGCGUCUGGUUGAUGAAUUUCAGCAAGUGGCACAGAGUAAUCAGAACAUCCAAACAGUAGAGGACAUGGCCAAAUUUGUUGACAACUACCCUGAGUACAGGAAAAUGCACGGGAAUGUGACAAAACAUGUGACUUUGGUAACAGAAAUGAGCAAGAUAGUUGAAGCGCGGAAACUUAUGUUAGUUUCACAAACAGAACAGGAGUUGGCUUGCAAUGGAGGGCAAGGAGCUGCUUUUGAGGCAGUGACAAAUCUACUAAACGAUGAAAGCAUAUCAGAUAUGGACCGACUACGUUUGGUCAUGCUAUAUGCUUUGCGAUAUGAGAAGGACAGUCCUGUUCAAUUAAUGCAGCUUUUCAACAAACUGGCUUCCAGAUCUGCCAAAUACAAACCCGGGCUUGUCCAGUUUCUUUUGAAGCAGGCUGGUGUUGACAAGAGAACUGGUGAUCUUUAUGGAAAUCGAGAUCUAAUGAACAUUGCCCGUAACAUGGCUCGUGGACUGAAGGGUGUUGAGAACGUUUACACCCAGCACCAGCCGCUUCUGUUCCAAAUCAUGGAAAGCAUCGUCAAAGGGCGGUUGAAAGAUGUGGACUACCCAUUUUUUGGGAAUCACUUUCAACAAGGAAGGCCCCAAGACGUAAUUAUCUUCAUUGUUGGUGGGACAACAUAUGAGGAGUCACGGUCUGUUGCUCUACAAAAUGCCAGCAAUACAGGCGUUCGGUUUAUACUUGGUGGAUCUUCUGUUCUUAAUUCUAAAAGGUUUUUCAAGGACUUGGAAGAAGCUCAAAGGGUAGCUCGUUCUAGCACCUCUGUUUGAAGUACAUCCUGGCAUAUUUUGCAUCUUGAGGACCAUAUAGAUAUAGUUUUACAGCUUCAUGCUGGGAAUUUUAGUUUUGGGCCUAUGUAUAUGUAUACAGAAAAAGUUGCUAAAGGAGCUUGAUGUUGGGAUAUACACUCAAUAGUCAAUCCAUUGUUGAUCUAGGAGACAAUCACCAACCAUCGAUCAAUUUAGGUGAUUUUUAGCUCCUUGCUGUUGAGUGCGAUUCAAGAUUGAAGCAUGAGAAUUUCAAGAGCAAACCACCCAUGACUCGCCCCUCUCUUUUGUUUGCGGGAAAAAAAGCCCACAUGAAUCAUAUAGGUACAAUGAGACGAACCUUUUGAUUUGCUUAAUUUUCCAUCGUCGUUUGGCUGAUCUAGUAUUAGGUCUUAUUGACAUUUACUGAUGAAAGAACAAUUUUGUAUAAAAUGCCCCAUUCUUUUGUAUACUAGAAGUCAUUCCCAUUUGUAGAUUCAAUGCUUCAUAAUUUUCAAGUUCAGAUUAUGAGUCUGAAAUUUGAUUGAUGUCAUUUUAUGUAAUGCACACGUUGAUGGCAUUUUGUGUCUGUUAGAGAGAAUGUCUUGUAAAGAUGAAAACUAUUAAUUGCAAUAUUGUUUUGUUAGCGAUCAUA